GCACUUACCAAUCAUGGCAGGAACAAUUGAAGAAGUCAAAAAGCUUUUAUCAUUCUUUGAAUUUCAGAGUGAUUUGCACUUUUGGCGAUGGCACUGUAACAGUUGUAAACUGAAACUAUUCAGGUUUGAAAAGAGUUUGGAAAAACUGCCAACAUUUUGGAAAAGAAGCGCACAAAGUAUUUGAAAAAAUCAUUCUGUUAGAAUCGGCUUCUGGUUUUAGUAAAUUUCCAAUAGCCUUAGUAUUCUGUGAGUUGGACCAAGAAGAAACUAAGGAGAUGGAAAUUUUUUAGAUCAUAGCUUUCUGUUGAGGAAUUGAUGAAAAAUAGAAAAAAAGGUAAUUGAUCAUUAAAGUCAAUAACAUUUGAAAGAAAUUAAAACUUUUGAUAGCUUUUCCUCAAUAAAACCUAGAAGAAAAGAGCAUAAAGUGGUAGCAGUCUCCUCCUCAGGCCCAUGUGCUCUCGUCCCCGGGGCAGCCAGGCCGGUGUGUAACGGUUGUCGGUGUUUCCCCCCCCAGCGGUCCCACCCUCUUCCUUGUGCUCAGUCAAGAAGAAGCCGUCGAUCGCUUCCGUUUUCUGAUGGGCCCUACUAACCCAGAGGAGGCCAAGGAAGCCUUUCCCGAUUCGUUACGGGCGCAGUUUGCGUCAGACAUGCUGAAGAACGCGCUUCACGGCAGCUCCGACCCGAACCACGCCCAGGAGAAGAUCAAGGCCAUAUUUGGAGAUAUCGAGUUUAACCCAGACGGGACUGUAAAGGGGGCGGAGCCUGAACUGGACAUGGUCACCCAGGGAGACACGGAGCCUGCUGAGGGCCAGGAGGGAGAGAAGGAGGGAGAAGGCGAGGGAGGAGAGAAGCCGACAGAGGAAGCAGAAAAGCAGGAAGAAGAAGAAGCAAAGCCAGAGGAGGGAGGUGAGGCACCUGAGGCUGAAGCACCUGCAGCAGGUGAGGCACCUGAGGCUGAAGCACCUGCAGAAGAACAGAAGGAGGAAGCUGCAGAGGGAGGAGAGGAGGCCAAACCAGAAGAAGGAGGGAGCGAGGGAGCUCAGGAAGAAACAAGUGCAGAGCAAACAAACGCAGAACAGGAGGGUGAGACUAAAGAUGAAAAUGAACAGAAAGAGGCAGGUGAAAAUGAAGGGAGUGAACAGACUGAAGGGAAUGAGGGAGAGAAAGAGAGCCCUGAGGAAGGGGGCAGUGCUGAACCUGCAGCUCAGGAGGAGUCAGCGGAGAAACCUGCAGAGGCAGAGGCUGCCCCGCCCGCAGAAGGUGGAGAGGGGGAAGGAGAGAAGGCCGAGGAGAAGCCAGCUGAGGAUGGGGAACAGAAGGAAGGAGACAAGACUGAGGAGAAACCAGCUGAGGCACCAGCAGAGUAGACUGACACUCAGCCCCUCCCUAGCAGAGUAGCCUGAUGCACCACUCAGCGCCUCCUGUUGUGUACUGAUGACCUCUGCUGGAGAGCUAGUGUACAGUAAUGCUAUCCAGACUUACAGUUUCAAUUAAGGAAAAGUAUGAAUCUAUAGUUACCAAAUAUCACUACUGUUUCUAGGGUUCAGGUCUUUGUGUAUAAAUGUCAAUUUUUUUUACCUUUUUUCUGUCAUUAAAACACAGGUGUGCAUAUGAUGUUGUACUAAAUUAUCAUAAUCUAAUGAAUAUUGUAUAUACACAGAUUACAUGGGGUGAACAGUUCCAUUAAUUUUGUUUAGAAAGAAGGACAUAAAAUACUGCAGUUUGUUUUGACGUCCAUGAUUUAGUAACUUAACAAGACGCACUGUUAUGGUACAAUGUUGCAAAUUGUCAGACCAUAAUGUUGGCCGGACAUCCCUGCAGCAGUCGUACUGUAGUUUGGUUUGUUUGGUAACAGCUUCUUUUGCUGUUCUUCCAUGUUAUAUGUGUACAACAUCUAGAAAAUGUAUUUUUGAAUAAAAGAUUCCUUAGACAUUC